CGAUCAGUGCAGCAAGCGACCGACCGACGACGAAGGCAGCACCGACUUGCCUCUGCGCAUCCAUCUAUCCAGCCAGCCUGCCUGCCUGCCUGCCUGCCAGCAAGCCGGCCAGCCAGCCCACUGCCGCAGACCGACAUGAGCCCACGCGAAGAUACAAACCCCUCGUCUCCAGCCGAGGACGAUCCCAUGGAGGACGUAUCACCCACCCACGACGACGGCGGCGACGAUCCAGUCCACCCGCCAUCCAGUCGCCGAGCCACCCGUUCGCACCGUCGCAGUGACGGUGACGCCGAUGGUGACGAUGCCUACGGGGGCGACAAUGGAGACGAGCACACCGGAAAGAACGGGCCCAACGGCGCCAGCCAUCCCGACGGGAAGCAAGGCGAUAUCGAAGGCGACGAGGAUGGCGACGGCGUCGAUGCCGACAAUGCCAUGACCGGGGACGUGAACGGGGCAGAUCCAUCCUCCAAAGAUGCCGAUCCGUCUGCCAACGGCAGCUUCAAAGUCAGACUGGUGGAUCCAAGCGAGGCAGCAACUUCAGCCCCCAAGGCAGCCCUGGUCCCGCAGCUCCACGAAAUCAUCAUCCCCAGCUACGCCGCCUGGUUCUCGCUCUCGAGGAUCGACGACAUUGAGCGAAAGGCCCUGCCCGAGUUCUUCAACGGCCGGAAUAAGAGCAAAACCCCGAUGAUCUACAAGGACUAUCGCGACUUUAUGGUCAACGCCUCUCGUCUAAACCCGACCGAGUACCUGACCGUCACAGCCUGCCGCCGCAACUUGGCCGGCGAUGUCUGUGCCAUCAUCCGGGUGCAUGCCUUCCUGGAGCAGUGGGGCUUGAUCAACUACCAGGCCGAUCCUGAAUCUCGCCCCGUCAACCUGGCGCCGAGCUUCACCGGACAUUUCCGAGUGACGGCCGAAACGCCGCGCGGCCUGCAGCCGUUUGCUCCAUAUGCACCGAUAUCCAAGGCCGUGCCGGAGGGCGCCAACAAGCCCAAGGCCGCGGCCGAGGAAAGCCUGCGAACAGCCGGACUGGCCAAAAACUCGUUCGAGUCGAUUCCGGCAAAGCGAAAGUCCGAGACCGGCGAUGAGUCGGCCACGCCCGGCGCCGGUGCUGGCAGCGCAGGCGAAGCCAAGCGAUCCAAGCAUUCAUGCACAACGUGCGGCUCGGACUGCACUCGGGUCAGGUACCACAACACCAAGACGCCGUCGCUGGACGUGUGCUCGAGCUGCUAUCUGGAGGGCCGGUUCACAUCCACGGCUGUCUCGAGCGAGUUUGUCAAGCUCGAGGAUCGACGCAGCGACGGCGAGCCGUUGGAUGAAUGGACGGAUCAGGAAGUGCUUUUGCUGCUGGAAGGUCUUGAGCUCUACGACGAAGACUGGAACAAGAUUGCCGAGCACGUCGGCACCAAGACCCGCAGCCAGUGUGUCCUCAAGUUCAUCGGGCUGCCCAUCGAGGAUCCUUACAACAAUGUCAAAAUGAGCGAGCUGGGUCCGCUGCAGUACCAGCGCGUCCCCGUCGGGCCGGCCGACAACCCGGUUCUGUCCCUGACAGCCUUCCUGGCCAGCACUGUCAACCCCCAGGUUGUGGCUGCGGCUGCACAGCGCGCCAGUGUCACCGCUACCGCUUCCGCUGCAAGCGGCAAGGAGAACCUUGAAAAGGCAGCCACGGUGGCUCUCAGCGCUGCCGCCGUCAAGGCCAAGAUGCUCUCGGAACAGCAGGAGCGGGAAGCCACGCGCUCGAUCAUCCAGCUCAUCGAACUCCAAGCCAAGAAGAUGGAGCAGAAGCUCAAGCACUUUGAAGAGCUCGAGGCGAUCCUCGAGCAGGAGCGUCGCGAGAUCGAGAAGGAGCGACAUCAGCUCUUCAUCGACCGCCUGGCUCUCAAGCGAGCCCAGCUACAGCACGAAGCCCAAGUCCAGGCACACGCACGAUCAGCCAGCCACCACCACCAAAGCAGCGCGGGGGUUGCGACUGCAGGACAUGCUUCUGUCAGCGCAGGUGCUGUCGCCGGCUCAGGCGCAAAUGUCGAAGCUGACCACGAUGCCAGCGCGCCGGCCAAGGAUGCUGGAGCGGCGGCAAAUGGACCCGAGACCUUUGUUCCCGAGUAUGUGGCUGGCUCGGCAACGUCUGCAGAUGCAAUCGACCAGCAGCCGAUCGAGGUCCCCAGUCCGUCCAAGAGUACCCUCAUUAGUCUUUGA